CUCAAAAUUAUAUACACAUUCUCAAGUUCUAUUUCUUCCUUGAUUAUACUCGAGCUAGAUAACUAUUUUUUCUAAUGGCUAUAAUCCGUUCAAAAAUUGGAAUUAUUGGAGCUGGAAUUAGCGGAAUAGCAGCUGCUAAACAGCUAGCUAAGUACGAGCCAGUGGUGUUCGAAGCCACGAAUUGUAUUGGAGGGGUUUGGAAACACUGUUCAUAUAAGUCUACUAAAUUGCAAACUCCUCGUUGUGACUAUGAGUUCUCUGAUUUCCCAUGGAGUCAAAGGGAUAAUAUGAGUUUCCCUACUUAUGAGGAAAUAUUGGAAUACUUAUAUUCCUAUGCUCAACAUUUUGAUGUGCUGAAAUUUGUCAAGUUCAACUCUAAGGUGGUGGAGAUCAAGUUCGUUGGUGACCGAGAAAUGAAUUAUUUUGGUGGUAAAAUUAAUGGUGAAUUUGGAUGUUUGUUGAAUGGCAAUCCAGUUUGGGAGGUUGCUGUCCAAACCAAUGAUCAAUCUGAAACUUUACAGUGGUAUGCGUUCGAGUUUUUGGUGAUGUGCACCGGAAAAUAUGGAGAUAUACCAAAUAUGCCAAAUUUUCCACAGAAAAAAGGGCCAGAAAUGUUCAAGGGUAAAGUUCUGCAUACUCUUGAUUACUCUAAACUUGAUCAAGAAGAAUCUACUGAGCUUCUGAAAGGGAAGAAAGUUGUGGUGGUGGGUUAUAAAAAAUCAGCAAUAGAUGUUGCUGUUGAAUGUGCUGAAGCAAAUCAAGGACCUGAAGGCCAAGCUUGUACAAUGGUAGUAAGGACUUUGCAUUGGACAGUUCCACAUUACUCUAUUUGGGGUUUGCCAUUUUACUUGUUCUAUUCUACUCGAUCUUCUCAAUUCCUACAUUCAAGACCAAAUCAAGGCCUGAUCAGAACCCUGCUUUGCCAAAUGCUUUCUCCUCUGAGAAGAGGAGCUUCGAAGUUAAUCGAGUCCUAUUUGUUAUGGAAACUUCCACUGGAAAAGUAUGGACUGAAACCAGAACACCCCUUUGAGGAGGACUAUGCAUCUUGUCAGAUGGCUAUCUUGCCUGAAAAUUUCUUCACUGAGGCUGAUAAGGGCAAAAUCUUGUUCAAAAGAACAUUGUCGAAGUGGUGGUUCUGGGAAGGAGGAAUUGAAUUCGAGGACAACACCAAAUUGGAAGCUGAUGUUGUCAUACUUGCAACUGGCUUUGAUGGGAAGAAAAAACUCAGAGACAUAUUACCAGAUCCCUUUCGCAGUCUGCUAGAGUUUCCCUCUGGCAUGAUUCCACUGUACAGGGGUACAGUUCAUCCAUUGAUUCCAAAUAUGGCUUUCGUGGGCUAUCUUGAAAGUGUUUCAAACCUGCAUUCAGCUGAGAUACGCUGCAUUUGGCUGUCACGACUUGUAGAUGAUCUAUUUAAACUUCCCCCUGUUGAGAAAAUGCUUGAACAGGUAACACAAGAGAUGGAGAUUAUGAAGAGGACGACAAGAUUCUACAAGAGAAAUUGCAUCUCCACUUUCAGUAUCAACCAUAGUGAUGAAAUCUGUGAAGAGAUGGGAUGGCAAUCUUGGAGGAAGAAGAAUUGGUUGGCUGAAGCCUUUAGUCCCUACAACAGCCAAGAUUAUGCAAGGGGGAAGUAACCAAAUUCAGUAACAUCUGAAAAUAUCCUGCUUAAUUAUGUAGUAGUUUGUUAUUUCAUGUAUCUGCUUAUACUGUAUAUUUCUCUGAUUAGAAAGGGAGGUAAAAAGAAAACGAAUAAACAUCACAUGUAUGAAUGGUCUCAAGCGAGGUAUCCAAAAAUGUAGAUUACCUCAGCUUAGGACUAAAGCUUCUGUCUUUAUUAGUACAAAAGGAGGAAUAAAGGUUCUUUUGAAUAAGUUCUACCAGUUGACCAGUUAAUAUUUCAAGAUUGUUUGAGUUACUCCAUUUUCAUUUGUAACUUAGU